AUUUUUGUUUAUUUCCAAGUUGCUUGUUGUUGCUGUGAACCAAAUAAUUACAAAACAAAAGUUGAAAUAAAAAUAUGCAUUGUAUGUUCUAAGAAAAGUUUUUAUGCUAUUAGUUAUAUACAAUAUAAAUAGUUAUUUUCUAUCUUCGCCUAAUUAUUGUGACAAUGGGAGACUUUGUGCCCGAACCUAAAAAAAUUGGUGUUUGGGCUGAGGGAACUCGUAUUGAGGCAAAGGAAUUCGUUAUCCCAAAAAAAUCUCCAGAUUCCAGUGAUGACAUCCCCACAAUACCAGACCUAGAUGAUUUACAGGAGAUCUUCGAAAAGGAGAUAUCCAUGCCACCAGUCACAGAUAGAAAAGACAAAGAAACUGUAAAUGCCUUGUCCGAGGUUGGUGGGGGGCUGACUGGCUCUGCAGAUGGGGUGGAUGCAGUGUUAGCAGUGCUUAAGACAUACAUACCUCAGGUAGAGGAGGACACUGCAGACACAGUGUGGACCGUGGACUCGUUGCUCACUCAGCUGGCUGACGAGGCAAAUGAAGCCUGAUCUAAACCACAUCUAUGUAUAUUGCCGAAAACAUUUGAACUGCAUGCAAGGUUUGAGCAAGGUUUCCCACAUCCAGCACUACUAAUUCUUUAAUCAUGAAGUAUUUUUUUUAAAGAUUAUUACUAUAUAGUUUUUUUUGUUUCUGAUCUUUUCCAAUAUGUAAAAGUUGUGUUUCAAUUAGGUUUGAUAAUUCAAAAUCACUGACACAGUCAUAAAAUUAAAUAAAUCAGUUAAAAAAGUGCUAGUGAAUUCAGAAUCAUUAUGAAUAAUCUAUUUUCUUGUUUCUCUUGGCUUCUAGUUCUGGUUGCAUCCUCACUCCGAAGAGCAUGCCUUUGACCAUGGACCCUGGAUUGGGUGAGUCACGUUUUUACACAAAGCGACUCCCAUCUGAUAGUUAUUGGUGCAUGGCCAGGGUGGGAUUCGAACAUGUGCCUUUCUGCGCAUUUUAAGCGUACACCUUACCAAUUCAAUCACAUACACUCUCAUUCAGAAUAAUCUAUGUCUCGUCUAAAACUAAAGAAUUGACUAAAGAUACCAUAUAGGUAAUAUGUUCAGUAAUCACAUAGGCAUUGUUCAGGAGUUAUUUUGUAAAUUCCAAAAUGCAACCUCAGGUGUUGAAAGAUGUUGCAAAAUAAAACUUAAAUGUAUUUUUAAGUUAUUUUUAAUUAUUAAUUAGGUAACUAAAACUAUUUUCCGUCCACAUUUUAAUUGAUGUGCUUAUUAGUAAUUAAGGAAUGAUCUCUUAAAUAUAUCACAUACAUAGAAAUAAUAAACAUGUAAUGAGUAUGAAAUAAAAUUAAUUAUGAAUUUA